AAAAUAGAGCGGCCAUCUUUGUUACAUCCUGCGUUUAUGAUUUUGGGAGUUUUGGAAAGCAGCUUGGUGAAGGAAAUUUGCGUAUAUGUGUGUAUAGUUGCAUUGCGUAGUGGACGUGAUCCAACAGAAAACUUGUAUCAGCCUUUGGAGCCUUCUUUUUAUUCCCGACUACCACUGCAGCCAGGAUCCAGCCAGUAUGAACAGCAGCAGCACCAGUAUGGGUACUACCCUGUGAAUCAAGGGAAUCCUGGGAGUUCCAGUACAUAUUCUGAUCAACAACAGCGAACUUUUUCUCCCAGCUAUUCUCAGCAGCAGCAGCAACAACAACCAACACCACAUUACGCACCUCACUCCCCUUCAAGUCCCGUUACGUCUGCAGGUAGCUAUCACUACAACAGCCGUCUCUCAUCCCCUUCUGGCAGCCCAGUGUCAGCUCCUCAACAUCAUGGAAUGAAUUACAGCAAUCCACAGCAGCAAGCCCUUUACAGCUCAGCCCUCUCACCCGGCCACUAUGGCUCCCCUAACCACGGCCAGCAUAGUGGUUACUCUCCCAGCAGCAGCAACAGCAGUGGUGGUGGUGGCGGCAGUGGCAACAGUCAGCAGUGGCAAAUCCAGCAGUCAGCAGGAGAUUUCUCUCAGCAUCAUUCAAGUCCCUCACCCCAACACUCUUCUGUACUAACGGGAUCACCUUCUGCUUCAUCAGCCACAACCCAAUCUCCUUCUCCUGCACAUACCCCUACACCUACAGGUACUCUGCAUUCUCCUCCAUCUUCCAUUGCAAUGUCGGGCCAGUAUCCUGCCCACCACCACGGACGUCAUCCACCAAUGGGAACCCCACCGCAAACCAGUCAGGGACAUAAUUUGCCUUCUUGGGUUCAUCAUGGUGCUGGGCCAGGGAUGAGUAUGCAUUCAGGAACUGCAAUGAGUGGACCCCCUCCUCAGGGUCCAGGUUACUACCCUCCCCCACACCCGGGCCGUGGAAUACAGGGACCUCCACAACAUGCCCAUAUGGCAAGUUGUGUUCCUGUGUCUGGGGAUCGGCGGUCACCAUUGCUUUCCCCUACUCCAGGAUCGUGGAACAACUUGGGGUCAGUGGCCUCUGCAGCUGCCAAAGCUUCAGGCACCCAUGAUGGAAGUGGAAGAGGUCCACCUCCACCAUCUACCCAUCCACAGAAAAAUAAUGGUGGUAGUACUGGUGGUGGCAGUGGUAAUCCCUUGUUCAGCCUUCAGAUGCUGGUGAACCAAGACAUUAACCGCAAUGCUGCAGCUUCAUCUGCAUCAGUGGCCCAAGCAAAUUCAUAUAGGGCAUCUACACCUUCAGCCACACACCAGCAGGAAACAGUUGACCUAUCUUCGGCAGGAAGUGGUGUAGAAGUCUACUCAAGGAUGCUGCCACAGCAGUCAGGGCCCAUUCCUUUGACUUGCGCUGAUAAACAGACUACUCAGGUUCCAGAACAUGCGUCCUUGCGGAAUGGAAGCAUCAUCACAUGCACCUCUGCAGCGUCAUCUGUUGUGAGCAACACUAAUGUAACUUCUCCUCCAACGCCUCUGAAUGGGGAAGUGAGUUCAGACAGUGGUAUUGGUAGUAGUGCAACCCCUACACCCAGUUCCCAAGCUGAAAUGCCCAUUUCAUCUACAGCAACUCCUAGCACAGACAUUAAUAAAUCAAAAACUCUUGCACCAGUGGUUGAAAGCAAGGCAUGCACGAAGGAGACAGUGAGUGUUAUAGCACAGACCCCACCUCGAGAGAAGCCAAAGGUCUCCCCACCCAUUCCUGCCACAAGUCCUCAUCACAGCAAUGAAGGCAAACCAGAAAGUCCUGCAGAAGAAUGUGAAUCAGGAGAUGUUAAGGAUGACAGUAGAGACACUGAUAAGGCUUUAGCUACUCAGGAGCCAGAGAGAUCAGUAAAACCUGCAUCCGAGGAGCACUUCGAGAGAUGUAAUCCUGUGAUCAUGUCCAGCACAACUGAUAUGGUCCCAGCGCCUAGGGAACCUACAUCAAAUGUAGUGUCCUCAAGUAAUGAUAGCUCUUUGUCCAAGCCUACUGAUGAUGGAUUGUCUGUACCAUCUCCCUCACCAGGAUCGAAAGAUUCGACAUCACCGGUCCGUUCACCAAAGAGCGGAAACAUGAAACGAAUGAAGAAAGUUGAUUCAAUCUUGGAGAAUUUAGUGGAGAGUGGGACAAAGAAAUUUGGAGGAGGAAAUACUACUACUGUAGUUGCCGAGCAACCAUCACAGACUCCAAGCACCACUACUGUUGUAGUAGCCCCUGCAUCUGUGAUUGUCUCCCCAGCAGCCACUAGUGAAGACAGCAGCAGUGGUCUUGGUCAGGAUGUUCGUACACCUUCACCAGGAUCUCAACAAAAGCAGCAGCCUACUAAUCGACACAAGUCACCUGUUCCAAUGCAUGAAGAGGAUGCUGUGUCACCUACCUCUGGAGGGGCUGAUGACUCUGAGAAUGGCAAGCCCAGGCGAAAGAGAAAGCUUGACAAACCUGUCCGUGUGUCCAAGGUCUCUGGUGAAGGUGAAGUUGAGAAGGAAGCUGGAGUUGAUGGAGAUGUAGGAAAAGAUGAGAGCCAGAAGUUAGAAGAAGGACCUCCUACUGAUGAGAGUAAUGAAACUAAAGAAUUGGCAGCUGUUGAAUGUGCUACUUCCUCAAAAAGUGUAGAGCAAGAAACAUGCACCAAGCCAAUUGAAGCUGUGACAGUGGAUGUAGUUAGCAGCCAGGAUUUGGUAGAGAAACAGGAGCCUUCUCGAAGACGCCGAUCUAGCGAGAGCUCUGCUGCAUCUCCAUCACCUGUAUGGCCUGCAGCUGCCCAGAGGACUCGCAGGAAGUCCGCCAGUGAUCAGCAGGAAGAUAAUGGAUCCAGCAAUGCAGGAGAUCUCCUCUCUGUAUUGGUCUCAAAUCAGCAUGAUAAGAAUGUGAUUGGAGACUCAAAACCAGAAGUGAAAAAUGCCUUUAUUGAGGUAGAGACAGAAUUGGAGAAAAUGUUUGCAGGAAUUGUUGAACCAGAAGAAUGUGUAGAUCCACUGAAGCUAGACACUGCAUCUCCAGUACCGAUGGACGUGUCCCCGUCAAGUAAGACUUUGGAUAGUUUGACCAACAAUGAUUCUGCAUCUGCAGAGCCAAAACCUGCUUCAAGUAUGAAGUCACGAGGAAGACCAAAGGGCUCUAGGAACGGAACCAGGAGAUCAUCUGAGAGCAUAUUUGGAACAGCUUCAACAGAUAGCACACCAGAGAAAAAGAAAAAGAAGCAAAGCAAGAGGUCAGCAGAUGAUCCUCUCAGUUCCACCUUAUUGCAGAAGAAGACAAAGAAGACAAAAUUAUUUCAGGGAGAGAGUGGUAAUGAUAGUUCUGUAUGUCGGAAAAGGGGCCUAAUUAAAGGUGAAUCUGCAUGUCGUGAUGGCCCCUUGCAGCCCAUGUCUGUGUAUGACAGUAGCAGUAACACCAGCAGUAGUCGUUCCAGGGGACCUUUGGUACAUAUUGAGGGCCCUAAAGAUAACCCAUAUCAUGUAUCUGUCGUCAACGCACCAUUUCGGGGUGAAGAUGAGGAUGGUGGUGAGAGGGGAGGAAUCAAGAAGCAGCCUGCUACUGCCAGCAGACGGAAGAUUCCAAGUUAUCACAAUGAUUUGGAUUAUAGAGGCAAGGUUACAGGCAGUGGGGGCAAUGCUUCAGGUAUGUUCAGCAGUACACUCUCUGCACGCUAUGAUGCGCACACCACAGACUUAACAUGGAUCUGUGUUUUCUGCAAGAAGGGUCCACAUUGUAGUGUGGGAGGAGGGGGUACAAGUGGAGACUUGUUUGGCCCAUACCUCUUGACUCCACCAGAUAAGUUGGACAUGAAUGGUGAGGGAUCAGCUGAUGAACGAGACAUCACAGAGGAACAGAAACGUAGUGGUGGGCGGAAUAAACGUAGCCUGCGUGAAGCGCACAUGGUGGAACAGUUCUGCCAGAAGAUGUCAAGAAAGGUACAACGGUCUCACACCAUAGAGAGUUCAUCAGUAGCUGGAAUGGUGCCUGUGUCCUCCAGUAGUGGUGAUGGAAAGGAGGGUGAUUGUUAUGAAGUGUGGGUGCAUGAGGACUGUGCAGUAUGGGCUGCAGGUGUUCACGUUGUUGGCUCUCGAAUUGUAGGCCUCCAAGAGGCUGUUUGGAAUGCAGUCCAUACGGUGUGUAACAAAUGUGGUGAGGGGGGAGCAAAUGUAAGCUGUGUCCGGCGGGGUUGUGAAUGGCGCCUACACUAUGGAUGUGCAAGGGAACAGGGCUGGGAACUGGAUGAAGAGGCAUAUAUUACACGCUGUGUACAGCAUAAGGCAGAAGAACAGGUGCUUCUGAGCUUCAGUGUAUAGGAAGAAAACAGUUGUUUGUGAUUGUAUACAUGCUGAUGAUUGUGUGUUUGUGGAUGGUGCUGAAUAUUGAGAAUUUCUCAUCCUGCAGGUCUCAGAAGUACUGUAUCUUUGUUGUCCAGCAUGACAGGCCUGCUUUUUUUUUUAUCCCCAAGAUACACAGUAUGUACUUAAUGUUGUCAGGAGGUUAGUUAAGAAUUCGGAAUCAGUCAGAAGUCUCCACCUUCUUUCUCAUUGCAAUGUGUGGGUUGCAUUUGAUUCCGUUCUGUUUCUUUCUUAGUAGGUUAUGGCCAUAUUUGUCAUUCAGGUACACACGGAUUGAAUAGUAAUUCUUGGCAGAAUGUUUUUGGUGACUGUCGGUUUGAAUUUGUAACAUCUGUAAGCAGUUUUAUUCUCCUUAAUAGUACAGUUUUCACUUAGAGUAAGAAAGGAGAUAAAUGGUUUAAUGCAUUUUAUUAUUUAUCAUACAAUGCCACCUACAUUUCUUUUUAGUUAGAUAUAGCAAUUUAGGCAUAUCAUUAAAUACAUUUGCUUGGUUUGCGUUCAUGGUAGCCUUUAUGUCUGAGACAUAUUUGGUACAUGCACUGACACACCCAAAGAGAGAGAAUGUGUUGGUAGAUGGGUGUGUGUGUGCAUAUAAGUAUGUCCUCCCAUCAUCUAAAGCAUUUCUCUUGCAGCAGGCGUAUUUUCUAAAAAAAAGUUAACCACUGUAGGUUGCUGUUACUGAAAAUCUUCAAGUUUUUCUCUGACUGUGUUUUGAAAAAUCAAUUUGUUUUUAAUGAUAUCCAUUACAGUCCCAUUCUAAACAAAGAUAUAUGAAUCCCAUCACCUGUUAUUCAUGAGUCAUGGGUUAUAUUGGAUAUACUAAACAUGUUAGCUGAAGGAGUACUAUGUUUGACUUAAGAUGUACUCCGCUUCAGUCUUGUCUAGGACAACACAUAUACUGGUUUUUGUUCUUAAUGGUUUUUCUAUAUCUUUAAAUAAGUCACCUUAGUCCACCAGUUCAGCAUACAUAAUCACUUUAUCAUCUUGUUCAGCGUGAAAUAACUGUGCAAUUGUUUCAUACUAAACGGCUUGCAGACCUUCAGUGUUAAACAUCACAGACAUCUUUACUGAGGGUUUGCCUGUUGCAGGGUUAAGAAGCAAAUGUGACAGACUUGAUCCCCCUCUGAAAUGUUUUAGUUUGUGUUAUGCAAAUGGUGCCAAAUAAUUGGUGUUAAUAAGCCCAUUGCUAUAAAUAGUGCAGGUACUUCUUGUACAGUUGGUGCAUUUGUCUGCAUCUGUUAAUACUUGUAGUAGACUUAUAAUUUCCCAAGGUUCGUGCUUAAGUAAGCUGCAUCCAGAAAGCAGGAGAAAGGCCUUGAGAAGAGUUCAGUUAGAGUUUGUAAUGUUAUUCCCAACUUUAAAUAGUUAAAUGCAUUCUAAGAAAAUUAGGCUAAAUAAAUAUGUUCAGAAUUGUACAGAGGAAGGAAAAUGUUCCUUAAUGUCAGUAAUUAUAUUCUCUUCACCCACAGAGCUUUCAUUGCAGUUCUGCCUUUGCUAGAACAAUGGCAGAUAAGCCAGGCUUGCAUUAAAUUCAGGGUAAUCCAAGUCUAAGAAGAAAUAGUCAGUCACUGCGCUAAAUUCAGAUUUGAUACUUCACUUAUUAAGAAGCAAGGAAGGGAGACCGAUAUGUGUGGAGCAGUGUGAUUGUGUACUACAGAUGGUUGCUACCGUAACUGCAUAGGGAGAAGUCACAUCAUUUGAGUUACGACUUUGUCUUUUCAGUGUCACAACUUGUUGGUGACAGUAUACAGUACCACACUUUAAAGGGCAAGAAUUUAUAGCAACAUUUUACUUGACAUAUUGGCAUUUUAAACUUAAUUAUUUAAUAUUGAAAGUAAUAAACAUAGGAACAUAUCAGCACCUGCAUUUUGCGAUAGAAUUUCAAUAAUUGAUACUUGCAAGUGUGUCAAAAUAGAUUGCCCAAAUCUUUACCAGUAUUAAUCUGUUUCAAAUACUUACUCUGCCACUUCCCUAUGCCUUAUAUGGUCCUUAAUAAUGUGUGGUGGAUCCCUGAAAUCCUGUGCUUUGUCAAUAAAUUGAGCUAUCACGACAUCUUUUUCUUACAAGGGAAAUAAGGAUAAAUAAGACAAAGUAUGAUAAAAGUAACCAUAAUAAAUUGAACAUAUUUGAGUUUGUUCAAUUUAAAUUUGAUAUUGCCAAAGAAGGUUUUUUUACAGGAGAUGAAAGACUGAAAUUGUAAUUGAACAGCAAAGAAAACUGAAGUCGUAGUUCAAAGUACUAGAAUUUAAAAUGGAUUAGAAAAUUACUGGAAAUAUAACAGAUGCAAAGAGAUUAACAGCAU